CACCGUCUCUUUCUCUAACUAUAAGAGUAUUAAUGAAUGAGUCAUCAUCAUGUGUAAUAUUGUACUACUGUUCCACCGCUGGUUAGCAUUUUGAUGUAUGUAUAUGCAUAAUAAUUAAUUUAGUCUUGUUUUGGGUAUGCGAACCCAGCCAGCCGGCCCAUGGUAAGGAGUAGCUAGGGCUGCAGUUUUACUACAUUAAUCUGCAGUAAGUAUGUAUAUAUAUAUCACAUUUAGUCACUCUCCCGUUAGUUUCCGUCCAACGGAAGUUAAUGGAGAGUGACUAAAUAUGAUAUGUUUCAAUAAUUCUGAGUGACAUUAUAAAAAAAAAAUUUGUGACCUGUUUUAGAAAUUCGAGUGACCAAAAUUGAUAUUAAUUUUUUCUAGUGACUAAACAUAACACGAUUUAGUAACAUCUCCUUCGACUACCAAACUGAUGACAAAAACAACAUUAUAUCAUAAUUGGACAAAGAAAAUUCAUGAUAGUGCACUCGUACGCCCUUUCAGUAACAUCUCAUUCAACUCACCGAGUUAAUAAGUGUUAUAGGUAUAAUAUGCCCCUCUACUAUGUCGUUUUAUCAAACAUGACCCUCUACUAUUUUUUACAUCAAACAUGUCCAUGUACUUUGGAAAAAUUAUCAAACAUGCCCUUCUUUUAAAAUUUUCAUUGAAAAAAUUGUCAAUCAUGGUUGAACCGAGAUUUAGACGACCCAAUAUCGGCAAAUGGGAGGGAAAAUGUCAGUUUUGUCCCCUGUUUUAUUUCUGAGUCUCGUCAAAGUGAAAUUAUUAGGAUUAUUUGGCUCAAUAAAAGAACCAAAAAAUUCUAAAGUGAAAUUAUUCGGGAUAUUUUAGACAUUUGUUAACGGUUUUUGGAUAAAAAUUUUAACGUGAGUGCAUGUUUGAUAAUUUUUUCAAAAUACAGAAGCAUGUUUGAUAUAAAAAAUAAUAGAGGGACAUGUUUGAUAAAACGACAUAGUAAAGGAACAUAUUAUACACGUAAAACUCAUUUAAUAAUGAAGGCAACAAUACAUCAACUUCAGUUUAAACACAGAAUCAUUAGUGUUCUCAUCUGAUGAAUAUAUUGGGCGGAACUUUUCAAAUUAUCCUUGUUCAUAUAUUUCUUUUAGUGUCUGCAUAUUUUGAAAUAUUAAAAUUUACCGUUGGAUUUUGAAUGUAUCACAUGAAAUCAAAUAGCAACCACCCGAAUCAAUUUCUGCCCUAUUCUGGUUUCUGGUUGAAAUAUACACUUGAAAUAUUAUGUGAAUGGACAAAAUAACUAGCAAAAAUGGGUGGGAAUUAUUAUCAUGUCCCAAAAUAAACGGAAUAUAUAUAUAAACGAACAGAAAUACGAAAUUAAUUAAUAAAAAAAACGGAAAGAGUUAUUUCCGUUAGGGGGAGGUCUCCGCUUCUCCGGAAAGGAAGUUGGGAUAAAAAAAACUCCGAAGCGGGAGAAGAAAGGAGGGUGCGGGAAAACAAGCGAGUGAAAAGUGCGAGAGAAGAGGGAAUUCUUUAAGCAAAUUGCGUUUCUUCUUCGUUCCCCUUCCCAUUCCACCAGCAGCGUUCCCCCGCCCUCCUCCAUUUGUGCUUCCGCUUCUGCUUCAACUUCCGUUUCCCUUCCCUCCCCCUUCCGCCUCCGUCCCUCGUCCUAACGGCGGUGGCUGCUCUCCCUCGCGUCUCCGCCGUCACUGCUCCCAAUCUCCGUCAUCAUGUCGCUUCUUCUGUUCCCCGGUGAGCCUCUUCCCUCUCUCUCUCCCAUCAAUUGAUUUGUUCGUUCCGAAUCGCUCUUCGUUUGUUUCCACCGCUUUGUUUAUGAGACUGUGAUCCAAUUCUCGAGCAUAUUUUUAUGGCGGGAAACGAGGAAUCUUUGUGAAACGCCUGUUCCGCGUCUGUUCUGUAUUUGUUUGGCUCACUCUUCACCGGUGAUACGAUGGGUGUAAUAUGAUUGAUCUCAUCAGAAGAAAUGAAUGGAUGAGUGUGAAGUAGGUCAUUGGUGUUUUGAAUUUUGCACUUUGCGUACUGACGGAUGUAAUUGAAAUGAAUCGUCCUCAACAUCUGGAUCGCUGAAUUUUACUCGCUUCGCUGGUUUGUGGUGGUUAGGAUUCUGUUUCCUGACUUUGUAGAAUGGCUGUAUUCGUUAAUUCUUUCUGAUGCGAUGUUGUUGUUACAAUACGACCGGUGCAAUUGAUUUGAAUCGUGAUCGCUGAAGUUAACUCGCUUCGCUGGUUUAUGGUGGUUAGGUUUCUGUUUCUGACUUUGUAGAAUGACUGUAUUCGUUAAUCCUUUUCUGAUGCGAUGUUUAUGUUACAAUACUACCGUUAUUUUGUUUCCAGUCCAUUGUUUGUUCAAUCAAGUUGGGAGGCAGGCAUUUCGGUGGAUGCUUUCGUCGUAGUUAAUAUCUUUGGAUGUGGUUCAUGGUUGCUCGGGUAGAUUAAGGAUGUCAAAGUUCAUUCAACUUAGGUUGUUUGACAGUUUCUUUUUGCCGAGCUUCUUCAGUGUGGUUUGUAAUACUUCUGACAAGCAUUUAACACGUUUGAUUUGAUUAGCCAGGAUUAUCACAUGGAUUGUCCAACAGCAUUGCAGUUUCUCCAGAUCUAUUUCAUAGCUGCAACCAUUCCAACCUGAUAACUACAAGAGUAAAUUUUGGCAAGCUACUUUGAUCAUGGUUAUGUCCGGUACAAAGAUUUCUAGUUGUUUAUUGCUGGCAUUCAAGCAUGGUGUCUGCUUGAGAGAAAAGCUCUCUGGUGUCGCCAUCUCUGCUGCUGGCUCUGAAUUGUACAGCUUCUUCUCUUUGACCUUCUUCAACGUUUUCUGAUCUCGAGUUAACUCUGUACAUAUAAAGAGAUAUGGCAGUUGCAACUUUGAAAGGACACUUUCCAGCAAGUGAGUAUGGUGGAAGUAAACGAAUUGAAGCGAGAAAACCUUCCCCUAGGAGGCGGCGUGUAUUCGUCCAAACUGAAACAGGAUUUGUUUUGGGAAUUGAACUAGAUGGGAGUGAUAACGCCCACACGGUGAAGAGAAAGCUACAGCUUGCCCUCAACAUCCCAACGGAGGAGAGAUCCUUGAUAUUUGGCGAUGUAAUACUGAAAAAUGAUCUGAGUGAAGUUAGAAACUGUUCUCCACUUCUCCUCACAAGGAACUUCAUGCACAGAAGCUCAUCGACUCCAUGUCUUUUGCCACGUGCAAAGGAUCAUCUUCAGCAGAGUGACAAGAGCAGCCCAAUUGAGAUACUUGGAUUUUCAGAUCAUUUUGCUGUAGUAAAGCCACUAGUGAGAGAAAUCACAAUAGCAAUGAGAAAUGGUGUCAAUCCAACCCCAACUCAUGGCGGCCUUGGAGGUGCAUACUAUUUCAAAAAUUGCCAAUAUGAAAAUAUUGCCAUUGUGAAACCCACAGAUGAAGAGCCUUAUGCCCCCAACAACCCCAAAGGGUUUGUCGGGAAGGCCCUCGGUCAGCCGGGUCUGAAACGUUCAGUUCGGGUUGGUGAAACAGGGUUCAGAGAAGUGGCAGCUUACCUUCUCGAUCAUGAUCACUUUGCCAAUGUGCCUCCCACAGUCCUUGUAAAGGUGACGCAUUCCAUUUUCAACAUCAACGAUGGAAUGAAUCAGGGCAAGCAGCAUCAACACCCGAAGAAGCAGGUUAGCAAGAUUGCAUCGCUUCAGAAGUACAUACAUCAUGAUUUUGAUGCCAGUGACCAUGGGACUUCGAGUUUCCCGGUUGCUGCUGUGCAUAGGAUAGGAAUCUUAGACGUGAGAAUCUUGAAUACCGACAGGCAUGCAGGGAAUCUUCUGGUUAGGAAGCUGGAUGGGAUUGGAAGGUUUGGACAAGUCGACCUUAUCCCCAUUGAUCAUGGACUAUGCCUUCCAGAAGACUUGGAGAACCCAUAUUUCGAGUGGAUAAACUGGCCACAAGCUUCAUUACCAUUCUCCGAUGACGAGCUCGAGUACAUUAACAGUCUCGAGCCUUGUCGAGAUGCUGACAUGUUGAGGAGGGAACUGCCGAUGAUUAGAGAGGCGUGCCUCAGGAUUCUAGUCGUUUGUACAAUUUUCCUGAAGCAAGCCGCAGGUUUCGGUCUGUGCUUGGGAGAGAUUGGAGAAAUGAUGAGUAGGGAGUUCUGCGGUCCAGAAGAGGAACCUAGUGAGUUUGAGCUCAUAUGCAUGGAGGCAAGAAGUCGAGUAGAGGAGUCAAGAUCAUCAUCCCCUUCUUCUGACGUGAAGAAAGGAGGAGAUAGUAACGAGGAGUUCCAGUUUGACAUUGACUGUCAGGCCGAACUAUUUGGGCCACCGUUAAGAACAGUUUCAUUUGGGUGCAGGAACGUCCGGAACCUACUUUCCAAGCUAGAGGAGAGUCUUGAAGAGGAAGAGGAGGAUGGGCUAACUACUACUGCAGUUGUAGAUAUUAGUACUGACCCUGAUGUUGGUGAAAUCGCAGUUAUGACUACGACCUUGGCUAAAAGGUCAAUGUUGUUAAAGAACAUGAGUUUAGGUGAGAAGAGCUGGAGGCGCGAGAUUGCAAUGGAGAAACUCGGGUGUAUGGCUGGGGUAUCGUCUGGGAACAGGAGUGUGAAUGAACAGCUUCCUUCGAGCUGCAGCUUUGUGAAGAUUUCUGAGCUGAGUGAAGGAGAGUGGACACAGUUUCUCGACAUUUUCCAGAAGUUGCUGUACCCUGCUUUUGAAAACCGUGAAUCAGCAGGAAAGCAAGGUCAGAGAAACCCAAGACAGCGGUUAGGAACCUCGUGCCAGUUUUGACCCAGCUUCGGAAUAUGCAGCUUGCCAGUAUCUCCAACCCUUUCAGCUGGAAGUUUAUCACAAGCUGCUGAGGUGAGAACUACUUUUUUGUUACUCUCUGUGUAAUAUCAAAUAUGCAUUUUUUUUACCUUCUUUUUGUCUUCCCCCCUUUUUUACUAUUUCCCCACUCUCUGGCUCUACUUUUUGCUUAGACUGCAAAAAAUCUGCUAUUCUAGGCAUUUGAUUGUAAUAAAAGUGGAAAACACAGGAACUAAUAAGACAUAAUGUAUAGAAAGGUUCCUGAUCUUCUCUUCUGCUGCAAAUGAGUAAAUAAUCCUUGUAAGGGACGAUUAGUUUGCAGCAGCUAAGAUGUUACUGAUUGUAGUGAUAAAUGGAAAAACACAGGAACUGCAAUGUUCGUUGUGUUCUGCUCCCUCUGGAGCAUACCAUUAUUGAAUUUCUUUGAUGCCUUGCCAUGUGUUUUUGUUUAAGAGUAGCAAUGAAGUAGGCCAAUUGGG